CCUCUAAAAGAAUAUAUACAUAAUGCAUUUUUGAUCAGCUUUAAAAUAGACAGUGAAACCCCAUUUCAAAUCGUGAAUAUUUUUUAGUCAGAGUGUGAAAAUGGAUGGAAGUGAUAUAUACAAGGCUAGUAGAAGUUUUAAUUUAGGGAGUAGUCGUACCACUUCGUGGAGGGACAGUGGAUUGGACGUUUUCUCUCAGUCAAAUCGACAUGAAGAUGAUGAUGAUGAUGAAGAAGCUCUGAAAUGUGCUGUUCUUGAAAAGCUACCAACUUCUGAUAGGUUGAAAAAAGGUCUGCUUUAUGGAUCUAGUGGAUCACCUGAUGAGAUUUUUGUUGAUAAUCUUGGAGUAGAAGACAGGAAGCAUUUGCUCGAUAGACUGGUAAAAGUACCUGAAGAAGAUAAUGAGAAGUUCUUGUUGAAGCUCAGAGACAGAAUUGACACGGUGGGAAUUGAUUUGCCUACAAUUGAAGUGAGAUUUGAGCAUUUGACAGUGGAAGCUGAUGCUUUCACAGGCUGCAGAUCAUUGCCUAGUUUCCUUAAUUUCAUCAUUGAAAUCCUAGAGGCAUUCUUGAAUAUAUUCCAUUUACUACCAAACAGGAAGAAGCAUAUCACUAUACUUGAAGAUCUAAGUGGAAUUAUAAAACCUGGCAGGAUGACACUACUUUUAGGUCCUCCAGGUUCUGGAAAAACAACUUUGUUAUUAGCCUUGGCUGGGAAGCUUUCCAAGGAGCUUACAUGGUCAGGAAGGGUGUCAUACAAUGGGCAUGAUAUGCAUGAGUUCGUGCCUCAGAGAACCUCUGCUUACAUCAGUCAAAAUGAUCUUCAUAUUGGUGAAAUGACUGUUAGAGAAACCUUGGCUUUUUCUGCUAGAUGUCAGGGCAUUGGAUCACGUUAUGAAAUGUUGGCAGAGUUGUCAAAAAGAGAAAAAGAUGCAAAUAUUCAUCCCGAUCCUGAUAUUGAUAUAUACAUGAAGGCAGCAGCAACAGAAGGUCAAGAGACAAGUGUGGUCACAGAUUAUAUUCUCAAGAUCUUGGGACUAGAUAUCUGUGCAGAUACCAUGGUAGGGGAUCAAAUGAUAAGAGGCAUAUCUGGUGGACAAAGAAAGCGAGUCACUACAGGUGAAAUGAUAGUGGGCCCAUCAAAGGUUCUUCUUAUGGAUGAGAUAUCUACGGGUUUAGACAGUUCUACAACGUUUCAUAUUGUGAAUUCUUUGAGGCAAUAUAUUCAGAUUUUUGAAGGAACUGCUGUUAUUUCACUCCUACAGCCUGCACCCGAAACUUAUAAUCUAUUUGAUGACAUAAUAUUGCUCACGGAUGGCAAGAUUGUGUAUCAGGGUCCACGUGAAAAAGUGCUUGAGUUUUUUGAAUCAAUGGGAUUUAAAUGUCCAGAAAGGAAAGGUGUUGCUGACUUCUUGCAAGAAGUAACAUCAAAGAAAGACCAGGAGCAAUACUGGAUAGAGAGAGACCAACCUUACAGGUUUAUCACAUCCAAAGAAUUUGCUGAGGCAUAUGAAUCCUUCCAUGAAGGAAGGAGAAUGGCAGAAGAGAUUUCGAUCCCAUAUGACAAAAACAAGAGCCAUCCUGCUGCAUUGACAACCAAAAUAUAUGGAGUGAACAAAAAGGAGCUCUUGAAAGCCUGCAUUUCAAGAGAAUUUUUGCUUAUGAAGAGAAACUCAUUCGUCUACAUAUUCAAACUAUUUCAACUUCUUGUGAUGUCAUUUCUGACAAUGACAGUCUUUUUCCGAACCGAAAUGCACAAAAGGUCGGUGGAAGAUGGAGGGAUAUACACAGGUGCACUCUUUUUUGGUGUAACUACGAUCAUGUUCAAUGGAUUUUCUGAGCUUUCCAUGACCAUAGCAAAGCUUCCUGUCUUUUACAAGCAAAGGGAUUUCCUGUUUUACCCCUCGUGGGCUUACACACUUCCUUCAUGGAUCAUCAAGAUUCCCAGCUCAUUUAUGGAUACUUUUCUUUGGACUCUUCUUACAUAUUAUGUAGUUGGAUUUGAUUCAAAUGUUGAAAGAUUCUUUAAACAGUAUUUGCUACUCUUUCUCGUCAACCAGAUGGCAUCAGGAUUAUUUCGCUUUAUUGCAGCACUAGGUCGAAAUAUGAUUGUUGCAAGCACAUUUGGUUCAUUUGCACUUCUCAUACUAUUCGCUUUGGGUGGCUUUGUCCUAUCACGAGAUGCUAUAAAGUCUUGGUGGAUUUGGGGAUAUUGGUCAUCACCAAUGAUGUAUGCGAUGAAUGGGAUUGUAGUUAAUGAGUUUCUUGGGCAUAGUUGGAACCGAGUAUUGCCUAACUCAACAGAGUCCCUAGGAGUGAGGAUUAUAACAUCUAGAGGUUUCUUCCCAUAUGCAUAUUGGUAUUGGAUUGCAGUAGCGGCUUUGAUUGGAUAUGUGUUCCUCUUCAACUUUACCUACACGCUAGCUCUCACAUUUCUAAAUCCUUUGGAGAAACAUCAAACUGUUAUAUUAGAUGAAAACGAAGCCCAAAAUCCUUCAGCUGUUGAGUUACAUUCCAUGAGCAAGAAAAAGGGAAUGAUUCUUCCAUUUGAACCACAUUGUAUCACCUUCGAUGAUGUUAAAUACUCAGUUGAUAUGCCCCAGGAAAUGAAAGAGCAAGGAGUAGUUGAGGACCGAUUGCUGUUAUUAAAGGGUGUGAGUGGGGCAUUCAGACCGGGUGUUCUUACAGCAUUAAUGGGUGUUAGUGGCGCUGGUAAAACUACUUUGAUGGAUGUGCUGGCAGGAAGGAAAACAGGUGGAUAUAUAGAGGGUAAUAUUGUCAUUUCAGGGUACCCAAAGAGGCAGGAAACUUUCGCUCGAAUUUCAGGAUACUGUGAACAAAAUGACAUCCACUCACCUCAUGUCACAGUGCAUGAGUCCUUGAUUUACUCUGCUUGGCUAAGGCUGCCAGCAGAUGUUGAUUCUGAAACCAGAAAGAUGUUUGUUGAUGAAGUUAUGGAUCUUGUGGAACUGAAUCCAAUAAGAGAUGCAUUAGUUGGGUUGCCAGGUGUAAAUGGACUAUCAACCGAACAGCGUAAGCGGUUAACCAUAGCGGUUGAGCUGGUGGCUAACCCAUCUAUAAUAUUUAUGGAUGAACCAACGUCUGGUCUUGAUGCUAGAGCGGCUGCUAUUGUUAUGAGAACUGUUAGGAACACCGUGGACACGGGUAGAACCGUUGUGUGCACCAUUCAUCAACCUAGCAUUGAUAUAUUUGAAGCUUUUGAUGAGCUAUUUUUGAUGAAACGAGGAGGAGAAGAGUUAUAUGUUGGACCAGUCGGUCGCCAUUCCUGCCAUUUGAUCAAGUAUUUUGAGGAUAUCGAAGGAAUAAGUAAGAUCAAAGACGGUUAUAACCCUGCCACAUGGAUGUUAGAAGUUAGUACCUCAGCACAAGAAAUGGCUCUUGGAAUUGAUUUCACACAAAUCUACAAAAACUCUGAACUUUACAGGAGAAAUAAAGCUCUUAUUAAUGAGCUGAAUACACCGCUUCCCGGAUCAAAAGAUCUCUAUUUCCCAACUCGAUACUCUCAGUCUUUCUUCACACAAUGCAUGGCUUGCCUAUGGAAACAACGCCUGUCAUACUGGCGAAAUCCUUCUUACACUGCAGUAAGAUUUUUAUUCACUUUGGGAAUUGGAUUGAUGUUUGGGACAAUGUUCUGGGAUCUAGGUGGCAAAAGGACAUCACAACAAGAUUUGCUUAAUGCAAUGGGUUCUAUGUAUGCUGCUGUUCUUUUUAUUGGGACCCAAAAUGCGUCAUCCGUGCAGCCAGUGGUUGCUGUUGAGAGGACAGUAUUUUAUAGAGAAAAAGCUGCAGGAAUGUAUUCCGCCCUAUCAUAUGCUUUCGCACAGGUUCUGGUGGAACUACCCUACGUGUUUGUACAAACAUCAACAUACGGUCUCCUAGUGUAUGCAAUGAUUGGAUUUCAAUGGACAGCAGCCAAAUUCUGUUGGUAUUUAUUUUUCAUGUACCUCACAUUACUAUACAUGACCUUUUAUGGCAUGAUGACUGUGGCCAUGACACCCAACCCCACUGUUGCUGCCAUUGUUGCUGCCUCAUUUUAUGGAAUAUGGAAUCUCUUUUCAGGAUUUGUUAUCCCACGAACUAGGAUACCUAUCUGGUGGAGAUGGUACUAUUGGGCAUGUCCGUCUGCUUGGACUCUCUAUGGAUUGGUUACUUCACAGUUUGCAGACUCUGAAGAUAUGCUUGAGAAUGGUGAAACUGUAAAAGAUUUCUUGGAGAGAUAUUUUGGAUUUGAGAGAAGUUUUCUUGGUGUAGUUGCUGGUAUGCAUGUUGGAUUCACCCUACUAUUUGCAUUUGUCUUUGCCUUUGCCAUCAGGUCCUUUAAUUUUCAAAGGAGGUAGGCCAAUUAUCAGGGAGUUUAAAUAUGAGCAUUCUAUUGAAGAUGAAACACCUUGUUACGUUCAUGCAUGGCAUGUGAUUUGUGUUGGCCUAAUAAGAUUUUGGGCUUUAUUUUGUAUUGGGUAUUAUGUUGGCACAUUAGCUAGGAAACCCUAAUUAGUUAGUUUAUAAAUUAUGUCUCCCUUUCAUUGUAAUUGUACUUCUCAUUUGAUAAUAAUAUGAAAC